AUGAAGCUCGACGCAAAGGCGAUGCGAUACCUCACGAAUGAGGAUUUUCGAGUUCUUUCAGGCAUCGAAAUUGGAAGUAGAAAUCAUGAAGUUGUCCCUACACCUCUGAUCAUUCAGCUCUCUGGCCUUCGCGGUGGCAGCGGCGUUCAUAAGUGUAUAUCGAAUCUCGCAAAGUUGAACUUGAUAGCGAGAGUUAAAAAUGCAAAAUAUGACGGAUAUAGACUUACGUAUGGCGGUCUCGAUUACCUCGCGCUCCACACCCACCAGAAACAGAAGACCAUAUAUUCAAUCGGGAAUCAGAUUGGCGUCGGGAAGGAAUCGGAUAUUAUAGUUGUUGCAGACAACUCGAAAACGCAGAGAAUAUUGAAAAUUCACCGCUUAGGUCGAAUCUCGUUUCGAUCGAUUAAGAAUAAUCGGGAUUAUCUCCGGCAUCGCACGUCCGCAUCAUGGAUGUACAUGUCUCGAUUAGCCGCGGUUAAGGAAUUUGCAUUCAUGAAGGCACUUAGGGAACAUGGUUUUCCAGUGCCAGAGCCAAUCGCCCAGAAUCGCCAUACUAUUGUCAUGAGCUUGAUCGAUGCUUUUCCCCUACGACAGAUCGCUUCGGUCCCCGAUCCUGCGUCAUUAUAUUCUGAGUUGAUCGAUAUGAUCCUUCGUCUCGCAAGAUACGGGCUAAUACAUGGUGAUUUCAACGAAUUCAAUAUAUUAAUCAAAGAAGAGUCAAAGAAGGCCGCGAAAGGAAAGCAGCCAGAAGGAUCAGAAAUCGAUUUGGAUGACCUUCAACUAGUGCCUGUGAUCAUUGACUUUCCGCAAAUGGUUUCCACAGAUCACAUGAAUGCCGAGAUGUAUUUUGAUAGAGAUGUUAACUGCAUCAAAAGGUAUUUCCAGAGAAGGUUUGGCUUUGUGAGUGAUGAGCCGGGGCCUUUUUUCCGUGAUGCCAAAAAGCUCGUUGGCAGAGACGGUGCUGUGAGAUUGGACGUCGAAGUGGAAGCUUCUGGCUUUUCUAGAAAAAUGGCUAGAGAUUUAGAAGCGUAUAUGAAAGAAGUUGGCGUUGAUGGGGAUGCUGGAGGGGAGAGAGGCGAUGAGGGCAGUGAAUCGGAAUUGGAUUCUGACGAAGACUACGAAGAUGAGGACGGAGGCACUACGCUCAAUACGAGGGAAGAAGAUGAUGGCACUCAACAGGUACCAUCAAUAUCAAAAGAUACCCCAGGAAUUGAUAGGCUUCGAAUUUCAGAGCCGUCAUGA